AACAGACAAAAGCGUCUAGAUCGACGACACUCUUUGCAACGAGACCGGAAACAGAAUUACAUCAUGCUUGAGAAAUGCCGGCAAGUGAAAGAGACUUCAGACUUCAGAUUGGCAACGCUCUCAAAAUUAGGAGGUGUCUAAACAGUGAAGGCAAAGUAAUUAAUUAAUUAAUUUACUUCCGACCCAUGGAAGGAUGGGACAGAGAAGUCAACUAAGAGUUCACCUGUUCGUGAUUGUUGAAAUAACUGUUUGGUAUUCACGUAUGCCCGGUUCCGUCUCUAGUUCUAUUUGUGGGAAUAUUGGAGCUAUAUUUUGAUGAAAGGGUGGGGCUGGUACAUGUACCUAUGAUCAAUGCCAAACAACUGGGGAUUGUUUAGCUUUGUCAGCAAGUCGAAUCAUGUUAUAAGUCUCAUCGUUGUGAAUGUAAAGUCAUUCAAGCUUGAUCACAGAGAUUGUGAGAGAUGACCAUGGUGGAUGAGAGAAUACUUUGGUUCUUUGUUGCUGCCUGUUUCAUGUCUUCUACUUGUCUACAGUCUGAGGCUGCGCCUAUUGGGGCUGUGCCAGGAGAAACCACUUGCAACCAUCCUAUAGCUGACAAUAUGACCACAGUUCAUGAACACUUCUCUAACUCUGUUGACCAGUUCAGUGACCAUCGGGAAAGUCAUCCUGCUUUAGAUCAGUUUGAAGUCUACAAAAGAGGAGCUAAUCUGAUUGCUUCGCGCUGUGAUGAUUUGGAGCUUCCAGUUGUUCAUCCAAUACCAACACCGACACCGUCAUCUCUCGUCUGCCCAUAUGAACUCGUAUGUAGGCAAUACACUGAUACCUACCCGUAUGUCUUCUACGAAGCUAGAUGCUCUUCAUUGCUUGACAACCGAGCUGCGUUUGGUUGCAAAGAGGUCACCUACCCUCUUAAGGUGCUCAGGAAGUAUCCAUGCGGUGAUGGUCAAUUCAGAUGGGGAUGGAACGAUAUCAGCAUCACCACGGCGUGUGUGGCCUAUGGCGCAGACAGUGGAUACAAAACGCUAGAAGACACGGCUUUAGAGCUCAACCUGUUAUCAGACUAGAAAUGUGACGUUGAUGUCAGGUGGCUUGGUCAUAAAGUCUUGGUGUAUAUAUCAAUGAGUAAAUAGUGAUUGAUAUAAAUAGAUUGUGACUGAGAGUAUUUAGUUCUGAUAUGUUGUGGUAUUGAAUCAGUCUACAGCUAACUUAUUAGCUUCUGUAAGAAGGUAUCAUCAACGUCCUUUCUGAAACAAUGUUUCUUGUAAACAUAUUCCUAGUUGUUAGUAAAGCAAUUGAUUGCACUCACUAGUAGCAAUCAGAGAAAUAGAUCAAAG